AGUGGUUUAGUUGUACUCCUCAUGCCGACAUCACAGAACCUUGCUUCCAUCAAGACUGUGGCCAUUGGCAUCAUUAUUAGUUCAGUAGCUUGUUGCUGACUAUGCAAUGUGCUGUAUGUGGGUCAUUGAACACAGUUGAGGAGCCAGAUUGAGUGAGUUUGUAGAGUGCCUGCUGAGGCCUUCUAUAGUCUAUUGUCAGUUUAGUGAUGCUGGUAGCUGUGGUUAGUAUGUGGCCAAUGAUAAGUGUUCAUACAGAGAAUAGAGUAGAAUACUGCAGUACUGUAUUUUACUGUAUUGUAUUAUAGUGUUUAUACAAGCUGUGGCCAAUCUUUUCUCCAGCUUAUACCUCUUAUACUAUGUUCAGUUUAUACUGACUGGUCAAUGUGUGGUCAACCCUAUUUGGAGUGUGUCUGACAGUAGUCUCUGUGGUCCUCAGUGUUCCAGACCUGAGUGAGUACAGUGUACAGGUGGGCCUCCUUCACCUCAACUCGUCCUUGGACCACCCCAGGCUCCGCAUCGCACACGUGGUCUGUGGCCCGGAGGGAUCCAACCUGGCCCUGCUCAAACUGGCCAAGCCUGCCCCUCUCUCUGAGCAUGCCUUCACCAUCCAGCUCCCAGUAGCAGGCUGUGGGGUCACAGACGGAACCAACUGUCUCAUGUACGGCUGGGGAGAGACCAAAGGGACAGGAUAUGAGGGGGCACUGAAAGCUGUGAGUCUGCCCAUGGUCAGUAACGACUGGUGUUCUGAGCUCCACGACAAAACCCUGCCUGUCACCGACAGCAAAGUGUGUGCCGGGGGCAAGAAAGACCAGGGAGUGUGUGAGAGAGACUACGGUGGCCCGUUGGUGUGCCAGGAACGAGAGAGCAAAGUCAUCGUGGGCGUGAGCAUCCACGGCCGGGGCUGUGCCCUGGCCCGGCGGCCCGCCAUCUUCGUCAAUGUGGCCUACUACUCGGGGUGGAUCCAUAAAGUCUUCAUACACUACUCCAGGUUGGAGGAAAAACUACUGGAAGAAGCACAGACUAAACCACUCCAUUCAGGACUGUACCACUAGCAUGCAAGAGGAGGGAUGGAGCAUUCAGGACUGUACCACUAGCCUGCAAGAGGAGGGGUGGAGCAUUCAGGACUGUACUACAGCACUAUAAGAGGAGGGGUGGAAUAUUUAGGACUGUACCACAAGCCGGUAGGAUGGAGAAUGAUCUGUCCAACAGAGGAUGCCUAACUAACAAGACGGUUGGGAGAUGUAAGAAUGAGGAAACUGACUUUAUGGGAAGCAGCCAUUUUGGGGCUUCGUGGCUGGACGUCGCUUCAGUUUUUGGAGGGAAAAAACACCAUGAAUGGAAGAGAUAUUUUGGGAUGUUCAGAGGCUGGGAAUACAAUGACAUGUUCAGAGAGGCUGAAAAUGAUAAGAAGGAUUCUUAUAAUAUGCAAAUUGAUUAAUGCAGGACCAGGUUGUUACGCCUUGAUCACACUGAUAGCGUCAUUGCGCAAAGUAGUACCUAGCAUCAUUUGGAUUGUGUGCAACAAAAGU